AUGUUUAAAGCAAAGAUAUUUUUGCCGUCUCUGUUCCUGUUUGCAUUCUUCUUUUCCAUAACAUCCGCAUUAUGGCCAAUUCCACAAAAAUGGACCAAAGGGGAUGACACUUUGGUAGUUUACCCCAGUAUACCGAUAAAGUUGAAUCCAAACACUGCAAAAAUCCUGUCCGUCAAAUCUCAACAGGCCUUCACUUCUGCAAAGAAUAGAUUACAGAAAUUUCUGGCGCAAGAACGAUACGUAUCUCCAAACGUAAAGUUCAAUAUAUCUUCAAAGGCCAAACAACUUGACCACGUGAUUAUCAACGUCUCUACUGAUCAAGACUUUGAAAUAAACAUCGAUGAAUCGUAUACCCUCGAAAUUUCCGAAGAAACAUUGGUCGCUGAGAUUUCGGCCAAAACCGUUUAUGGUGCGUUGCACGGUCUCACCACAUUCUCUCAGCUAGUAUACUACGAUAAUGACUAUUUGAAACAUGAGAAGCAUCAAAGACUUUAUCUACCGUUUGCUCCACACAAGAUUGUCGAUGCGCCGGCUUUCGAGUACCGAGGUUUGAUGUUGGAUACCGCAAGAAAUUAUUAUCCGAUAGAGGAUAUCUUGAGAACUUUGGAUAUAAUGUCUUGGAAUAAGUUCAACGUAUUUCAUUGGCAUAUUGUAGAUGCCACCAGUUGGCCGGUGGUCACUAAGGCAUAUCCAAAAUUGAGUGAGAAAGGUGCAUACGAUCCGAAGACCAUGAUUUAUACCAAACAAGAUAUUUCGAUCGUUGACGAAUACGCAAAGAUGAGAGGAAUACAUGUCGUUCCAGAAUUCGAUAUGCCUGGACACACCCAAGCCAUCGCUUCCGGUUAUCCCGAGAUAGUUUCGUGUGCAAAUGAGCAACCUCGUUGGGAUUUGUACGCUGCCGAACCGCCAAGCGGUCAAUUGAACCCCGCUAUUCCCGAGACGUACACUUUCCUUGAAAAUAUAAUACCAGAAUUGACAUCUUACUUCUCCGAAAAAUAUUAUCACGCCGGGGGUGAUGAGGUGAACAUGGAGUGUUGGAACCAAGAUGCCUCCAUUAAAUAUUAUUUGGGCAAUAAUUCUGGUAGCUCGUUGAAUACCCUGAUUGCCAAAUUCAUUGAUAAAACACACGAGUUGGUCAGGAAAUCUAAAAAGAUACCUAUAGCGUGGCAAGAAACAGUGGUCGAGUAUAAUUUAACAUUAGGAAAAGAUACCUUGAUACAAGUGUGGAAAGACGACGUGACUUCAAAACAAGUGGCAAAAAAAGGAUACAAGAUGAUAAUGGGAACUAGUGAUUAUUGGUAUUUAGAUUGUGGGCAUGGUGCAUGGAUUGGAAAUUCGGUGAAUGGUACUAGUUGGUGUGACCCAUUUAAAACUUGGCAGAAAAUAUACUCUUACAACCCCACCAGUGGAUUGACGGAGGAAGAGGCUAAAUUAGUGAUUGGAGGUGAAGUGCUCUUAUGGUCGGAACAAUCCGAUCCAACAAACCUUGAACGUAUGCUUUGGCCAAGGUCAUCGGCUGCCGCCGAAGUUCUGUGGUCAGGCACCAACAAUCGUAAUGUGGUUGAAGCACUACCAAGGUUACAUGAUUGGCGAUUUAGAAUGGUGAAACGGGGUGUUCAGGCCGAACCGUUGCAGCCGCUUUGGUGUGCGAGAAAUGGAGGUUGUGAUUUGCCACAAAGUUAA